AUGGCAAAUUCACCUUAUAUUAUUGAGGAUCUGUAUAAAGACAUUUAUACGACCAACGACUAUUUUGGGGAUAUUAAUGACCAAUUCAUAGUUAAAAAUAAUUACGAAUCAAUCCACAAUUAUUGUCAUUCCUGGUGGGACUCAGGAAAAGAAAAUUGUCAGAAUUAUAUCCAAUUGGCUAUUUGUGGUUUUAUUUAUUUGCUAACAAAUUUAAAGAAGUAUGGUUUAAAAAAUGAUAAACUUGUCGAAUACGCUAUUUUAUGGUUAAGUUAUAAACUAAAUGAAGCACCAAAAGAAUGUGACAUCAAAUUAAAUGAAUUUUAUACUAAAUAUAUAGAAAAAAAUGAUGAUUAUAAUAAAAAAAUAAAAGGUGAUGAAAAUAUGAUUUAUAAGGCAAUUAUAAAUAAAAAAAAAGAAUUAACGAAUAUUAGUGAACUAUCUAAAUUUAAUAACCUAUUUAAUAUUUUAUUUUUAUCCUAUUAUGAAAUUGAUGAUGAAUCUAUGUAUUGCGAUUAUUAUUCGUAUUAUCCUCAAGCGUUUGUUAAUAAAUUUAAAGAACUCAAUAAUGAUCCUAAGAAUAUAAAAUACAGUCUAUAUAGUCAAAUAUUGUCUACAUUAUCAGAUGAUUAUAAAAAUUUAAAAAAAUCAUAUGAUAGAUAUAAUUAUAAAUGUGGAACUUUUCCAGAUCUUCCAGAAUUAAACCCCAAAAGCCCUGUAGAAAAAUCUGGAAUAAAUUCUGAACAAACAUUGGGACAUUUAAUAGAUAAAUUUGAUUCAAAAUAUGAUAAACUUGCCGAAUACACUAUUUUAUUGUUAAGUUAUAAACUAAAUCAACAUUCAAAAUAUAGUAGCACCAAUUUAAACGAAUUUUAUACUAAAUAUAUAGAAACAAAUAAUGAUUAUAAUAUGGAAAUAAAUAAUAAUGGUCCGACUAGUAAGGAAAUUAUAGAUAAAAAAAAGGAUUUGAUCGAUAUGAAUACUAAUGAAAUAUCUAAAUUUAAUGUUCCAUUUAGUAUAUUACUUUUAUUGUAUAAUGGAAUUAAAAGCGACAAUCUGGAUUGCACAAAAUAUUCGAGUUCUGCUAAUAAUUUUGCUAGUAAUUUUGAAGAACUUAAUAAUGAUUCUAAUAUUAUUGGAAAUGCUUCAUUCAGAAAAUUAUUGUCUAUAUUAUCAAAUGAUUAUAACAAUUUAAAAAAUAAAUAUGGUAAUAAUGAUUCUUGCGAUUUUCCAUCUAUUUCACAAGUAAAUCUCCCAAAAAUAUCUGUAGGAAAUUCUGGAGAUGGUGGUGAACAAAUAUCUCUACAUACUCCUGAAGCUACAUCAUCAAGUUCGUCGAUAGCAAGCAAAUUAAUUCCAGGUUUAUCGGCAUUUGCAAUACCAGCUUUCUUGGGAAUUGCUUAUAAGUAUUCAUUAUUUGGAAUUGAUAAAGUAUUUCAAAGACAAUAUAUAAGAAACAAAUUAAAAAAAAUAAAGAAUAAAAUGAAACUUAAUAUAUGA